UCACCACCCCGAUAUACCAAACAAUGACCUACCUGGGGGAGUCCUCCAUGGCGUAGAUCCUCCCGUGCACUUGGUCCGGCGAAUCCAUCUUCGCCUGAUGGCUCGGCUUGUCGUUGCUGGGACGGGUGUGGCAGGGGGUGUCACCAGGCACGCAGUUGGGGGUGUGAGUGGACGAGGCUCACAGGGCGAAAAGCCUGGGACACACUUCACUUGCCCUGGCACACCCUCGACCCAGAUGGAAGAGAGAGAAUCCAGUUGCAGAGCGAGAGAGAGACACGUCGUGCACGGUUGGAAGCCAAAGAGGAUCCUUGUCGGUUUAGUUAAUAAAUAAUAAGCAGACGAAACCUGGGUGGACCCCCACGCCAGAACUGGCAAAGCAUGGGUGCCAAGAACAUUCAGAAGCUGGCAGGAAAGAAAACUAUAUACAUUUAAGCAAAAUAAAUUAGGUAGAGGACCUCGGCUAAUCGUGCUUAACGCGGAAAACGUAGAUGGCCCUACCUAUCUCGCCUGGUUUCGCAAAUUGUUAACAUCAUUGGAAGGGAAAGGAAGUUUCCUGAUUAUUGUGGACAAUGCACCAUAUCACGGAUCUGCCGAGGUACCAGUCUCCAGGGACAAGAAGGGGGUCAUGUACACCUGGCUAACGAAUCAUUGGGAUCCAAGCCGCGGCCCCAUAAAACCAGAGAAGCAAUAUCUAAAAUGGGAACUUUGGGACAUUAUUAAGUCGAUGAAGGUUGGAAACAAAUACUACGUUAUUGAUAAGCUGGCAAAGGAAGCUGGUCACGAAAUACUUCGAUUACCCCCGUAUAAUUGCGACCUCUCGGCAAUAGAAUAUGUUUGGAAGGAUACAAAGGAUUAUAUCCGGAAAAAUAAUCUUGAUCAAAACCUUUCCACAGUGCAAAGGACGGCAGAAGAAUUUAUGAGAAAUUAUAAUACCAGUUAUUGGAUUGCACAUGUCAACCAUGUGAAAAGGUUAGGGGAAGAAUACUGGACAAAUGAUCGAUUUUAUGAAGACUUAAUUGACUCCCUUCCAACGGAAAGAUUAAUUAUCAACCCGGGCCAAAUCGAUGACGAAGACGACGAAGACUUCGAAUAUGACGAAGUUUUUCCCGAUCUUGAAGAGUCAAUGACAAUUCAAAGUAUGGUGCAUGAUUAUGAGAACAUGAGACUUUCCACUAUGUAUGGCUAUACGGAUGAGGAUGAAUUGGAAAUCGAGACAGCAGUGGAAACACCACUAGAGGACCCAUCCAGUCGUCGCCAAUUAUUUGUCCAUUCCACUGACGAUGAUGAAACAUCAACUAUUCCACAUGUGAGAAGCCCACAUAACGAACUCAGGAUAGAAUAGAGUUUAUUUCAUUUUGAUUUUUUUGUAAUAAUUUAUUAUAAUGUUAGUUAAAUACAUUUGAAAUUAAAUAAUACAUUAUACAUACUGUGUUUACACUAUAAAUAAUUAGUUUUUGAAAAUUCACUUCACACCCCCCUGAAGUGUUAAUGUUUUUAAAUAAACUGCAGCAAGGCCACGUACCCAAGCAACGCAAAAUUCUGAGAAUGCGAUACAAAACAAAGAAAUUUUGAAAUCUGAAUUAUUAAAAAAAAUAAUGAAACAAUUAAGGUUCCCUCAUUUCAUUUAUAUCGAGCCACUCUGGAGAAUCAUGCAUCAUACAUGUUUUAAAUUUUUGCUCUCAUCAGGUCUACAUACUCGCCUAUUUGCAUCAUUCCCAGAUUCAACUCCAAAUAAAAUUAAAUUUCGAAUUUAGAUCCAUAAUCCAGUGUUCCCGCCAUUUUUCGACAUGGUGUCGACAAACCUGCGACAGCACGGGAACACUAAAUUUAAAUGUAUUUCAUGUAUAUAUUAAAUUUUUGUAAAAAUCUCAGUUUGCCUCAUUUCGACGGAAUUACUUUGGCGUCGUAACACGACGAAAUGAUGGCGAUUUUUGAAAUCCCCGCCCAAAACUACGUCUAAAACUGUGGAAACAAAAAAUUAGACAGGUUUAUCUCAUCACCGUGGCGCCAUGACCAUAUGAUCUACAAUGUCCAGCUUCGAACUCGGCCGUGCUUGAAAAAUUAGAAACAGGUUGGCGAAAACCGCAUGUCGAAAUUCGAUUUCGUUCUAAAGUUGCCAUAAAGGUAUAUAAUGAAAGCAGGUUUUGCCGAACUCUGCUGACGUCACAUCAUCCAUGCGCCGUAUAACUACCAAUCCCGUACAACACAUGCCUUCUGCAUGUGUUGUACGUAUAAGACUCUGCGACGUUAAAACACGGUAAAACUCCAUGUCUUUUGCAGGUACGAUGUUAUCAAAUUACGAUAACAAUCUAAUUCUCAGUAUUUCUUCAUGAGAAAUAUGUAGUAAAUAAUUUUUCAAUAAUAUUAAACUAAUGUUUCUGACCACGGUCAAGAGACCAAUUAUAUACACAUUGUUUUGGAUGGACCCCACCC